CGAGCCCAACUCGUUCGUGAUCGAGAAACUUCCUGCUGCGUCGGUUGAAUCUCUCCCGGAGACUUGAUUCUGUAGGCUUGAACGGUUUUUGCGCGGGGAUGGAAACGAGAAAGCCAGAAAUCCGGCAGCUGCUGAAGGACAAGAGAUUCUGGUUUGCCUCCGCCCUCAUAGUCUGGGCUGCUGCUCUCCAGGGGCAUAUGAUGUGGAUGCAGAAGCAGGAUUCCUUCAAGGAGAAAUUCCGAUACCUUAAUUCGGAGACGAGUUCCGAUGAAACUAGUGAAGGUCGUCAGUAAAUUACUUACGGUGAUAAGUUUUUUAGCGAGAAAGCGUCUACGCAGUUGUGAGUUGGAUUGACCUCGAUUACAUACACGAUUCUUCGUUAUUUUACGUGAUUAAGUAUUGUUAUUACUUCUUCUUUGUUGAAUCGAAAUGCAGAGCCAUAAUAAACGGAGAAUGAUUUCAUGUUCAUGGAUAA